AUGAACCAAAGAGACUCAGUCGAAAGCUGCUACCAGAGAAACAGUACUCAAUAAACCUAACGAAGCAAUACUACCUAUUAAAUUGCUACUGAUAAUUAUAUACAUCAUUUUGAGCCAGCUAUUUCUCGAGUAGAAUUUGGCAGCGCUGAUAGUUACAUUACACCGCCUGCAAGAUAAUUAGAGCAGUUAGAAUAAAAAAAUUCUUGGUUUCAUCCUCCUAAAAAGUCCAAAAAAUUUGUGAGAAGAUAUCUUGAUUCUAGCGAAAUGCAACAAAUAUCAAAAAAAUUAAAUUUUUUCGACGAUUCUCUCACAGGACAAACAAUAUCAUCAUCUGAUUCUUCAUAAAGUUAACAAUCAUAAAAUAUUGGAUUCUCUGUUGGAGUCGUAAAUGAAAGAGAUUAAAUAGAUAGUUUAGAAUUAACUAACGCAUACUCAACGCUAAGUAUCAGUAAUAAUAAUCCAUAAAAUUAAAACCAAUCUAGUGUAAGCAGCGUGCACAGUAAUGGAAAUACAUAUUUUAAUAAAAAUCGUAAUAGCACUGGCAGCAAUAAUUACAGCCACUAAUAUCCCGGACAAUAAAAUAUUUAAAAUUAUUCUGUAAAUUAUAAUAAUAACAAUAAUUAUAAAUACACAAAAGCUCCAAGCAAUCCAGAAAGUAUUUUAAAAUUCAGAUGA